AUGUUGAAGGAGAGAUUAGCUGCUGCAGAGAAGGAUGUUCUUGUUUCUAUGGUGAAAAUUGCACAACAACGUCGAAUGGAAGGAUCCAAAGGAGUUUGGCAGGUUUUUCUGAACGAACAUGACCGAAAGAUUGGAGCCGGUAUAAGUGAUCCCAGUAAGAGGUCUGUUGAUGUCUUGGUUUCUUUUCUUGAAACCUUUCCUGAUAAAGAAGCAGAAGCCAAGUUCUUGGAGAAGGUGUUAGAUUGGCAUUCAAAUCGGGAAGCAGUAUUCGAGUUGAUCAAGAAUAGUGCUACAGAUCGAGAGAAACUGGUCCGGUUAACAUAUGAACACCCAGAUUACUCAUCGAGCUAUUCGUUCAAAUCUUAUGAUGAGGACUGGGUAGUAACAAGCAUGGGUGACAUGUCUAAAUCCAAUGCAAUUCUUGCUGUUGAUUGUGAGAUGGUUGAAUGUGAAGAUGGAACAGAGCCGGUAGUGAAAGUGUGUGUUGUAGAUGAAAACUUAAAGGUUAAGCUGAAUAAACUGGUGAACCCUAAUAAACCUGUCAAAGAUUAUAGAACUGAGAUUACUGGAAUCACUGCACAGGAUUUGGAAGGAGUUACAUGUUCGAUAAUGGAUGUUCAGAAAUCGCUGGAAAACCUAUUGUGCAACGGAACUAUAUUGAUUGGUCACAGCUUGGAUUGUGAUUUGAAAGCAUUGAAACUGGAUCAUGGACGGGUUAUUGACACAUCACUAGUCUUCAGACGUGCAGAUGGCAAGAGAAAUUCAUUAAGUGACCUGUGCAAGGUUGUACUCAAACGUGACGUUAGGGAAGAGGGUGCUCAACAUAAUUGUUUGGACGAUGCAGGUGCUGCAAUGAAACUGGUGAAGAAUGUGCUGGAAAAAGGAUAUGAUGAAGCCAUGAAGGUAUUUAGUGAUUAUCUGUCAAAGCAGCUUUUUCUUUACAGGAUACCAGUUUAUUUAUCUGAAGAAGAAUUGCGUGUAAUAGUACCGAUGGACUCUGCUGUUGUACUUAAACUGAGAUACCAACAGAGAGCAAAAUCUUAUUCUGCUACUGCCCUUUUCAAAGAUCAAGAUGAGGCAAAUUACACGUUUCGAAGUAUCAAAUCCGAGGAAGUAAAGGAUACAAAUGGUCUGCAACAGAAAGUUAUCCCAGUUCAACCUAAGGAUAAGAAGUGUGCUAGUGGCUGUAUUCAUGUUCGUAAAAUGGUUAGAGAUGAUGAAAGUCUUGUACCAGAUUAUUCUUUAAGAAAGAGACAGAUCAAAGAAGCUGUAGCACCCAGCAAUGAAGAGCUGCAGAAGAAUUCAGAUUGCCUGAAACGCGGAAAAAUAAUUCAAUUACUGCAAGAACAACUCCAGUACUGCAAAAAUAACUCCAAAUACUGA